AUGAACAACUACCCGGCAGACCCUCUGAAAACCCUCAUUGACUCAGGAGCCACAUUGAACUUCAUCUCCCCCUCAAUUGUGGAAAAAUAUAAAAUCCCAAAAACCCAACUCGAAAAUCCACGAGUUGUGAGAAUGUUAGAUGGUACUAUUUCCCAGACUGGUUGCAUCUGGCACCAGGUUCAACUUGCGGUCUCGGCCAAUGGCCACCCCCACACUAUCCCAUUUCUUGUUUGCCCCAUCGGCAACACCCCGGCAAUCCUAGGCAUGACAUGGUUAACGGCAGAAGCUCCUCUGAUUGAUUGGCAACAGGGACUAGUCACAUUCCCCAAACAAAUUCAGAUUGCCUCCAAGGAAGAAGCGGACUCAGAUCUUUUGGCAGACCUUCCCCCUCAGUACCAUGAGUUUGCUAAAGUCUUUGGCAAGGAAGAAUUUAAGGUCCUCCCUCCACAUAGGGAGUACGACAUCUCUAUAGACCUUAUUCCGGAUGCCAAACUGACCCCUGGCCCCAUAUAUGGCAUGACUGAUGCAGAAUCCAAGGCGCUCAAGCAACACAUCAAUGAAGAGUUAGCCACAGGCAAGAUCCGCCCUAGUACUUCCUCAACAGGCGCCCCGGUCAUGUUUGUCAAAAAGGCAGAUGGAUCUCUUAGGCUGGUUGUGGAUUACCGGAAACUCAAUGACGUAACCCACAGAAACGUAUACCCGCUCCCAAGACAGGAUGACCUCAUGGCAAAGUUAAGAUAUGCCAAAAUAUUUACAAAACUUGACUUACGCUGGGGUUACAAUAAUGUCAGGAUUAAGGAAGGGGAUGAAUGGAAGACAGCGUUCAGGACUAAAUACGGGCUGUUUGAGUAUCUGGUCAUGCCUUUUGGCCUCACUAACGCCCCAGCCGCCUUCCAGCAUUUCAUGAACAAUCUAUUCAGGGACCUGAUCAACGUAACCGUGGUUAUCUAUCUGGACAACAUCCUUAUCUUCUCUGAAAAACCAGAAGACCACCCAGCUCAUGUCACGGAGGUUCUGUCUUGA